AUGUUGGUGUCCUUUUUCCUAUGGAUAUCUUUUUUUAUCACCAGCUUCUUCCAAUCAGGACUAGAUGUCAAUUUGCUUCAGGUAGACCCUAAAAAAGAUUCUUUUAGCAGUAAUCUUUGCCUCUCACGUGCAUAUGGAUUUAAUUCUGGGACUUUGAGUCCCCAAGUUAUCACACAGCUCCAAUCCUCGGUACUUAACACCAAAGUACUGUUAACACCCACAGAAGAUCCGGCUGCUUUUUCGGCCGAGCCGCUUCAAUCUAUUAUUGACAUUGUGGAUGAAGAAAUGGAGGACCAAGAGUCGUCCGAAGUAGAAGGAAUUUCAGAUUUCGAUUUAGGAAAAAUCACCGUCAAAGUGAAGACCCAUCGUAGCUUGGAUAACUCGGUUAUUGAUAUACCCGCCGUCGACAAUUACGAUACCGUUCUUUCUUUAGCAAAAAUAUCUGCAAAUGCAUAUGUUGAAGAUCCAGAACUUUCUUCCGCCAGCUGGUAUUCCGUUGACCCCUUUCUCAAGGAGGAUGGAUUCGGAUGGGACGAAUCUGCAAUUCGUGGCUAUGUAUAUACAAACCCAGAAAAAACGCUAGUCAUCAUGGCCAUAAAAGGCACCUCUACAAUGAUCUUUGAUCGCUCUGGCCACACUGCCGGGGCAGAUAAAUUUAACGACAACUUGAUGUUUUCUUGUUGCUGUGCACGCGUCGAUUUCUCAUGGGAUACCGUCUGUCCUUGCUUCCAAAAUAAUUCCACUUGCAAGCAGGAGUGUCUGGUCGAAUAUUCCAGAAAGACAAGAUCGUUUCCAUUCAAAAAGAAUAUAACCCUUCUGAGCGAUAGUUUGAAUGAAAACAGAACUAGGACCUUAGAAGUCACCAAUAUUUAUCCCGUCUACUACUACCAGGCAAUUAAAAUUUAUGAGCAACUAAAAAAAGACUAUCCCAAUGCCACGAUUUGGUUGACUGGGCACUCGUUGGGCGGAUCUCUAGCCUCUCUUCUGGCAAUUACAUACCCGGGUACGGCUGCUGUGGCAUUUUCUGCGCCUGGAGAGCGCCUCUUUGCAGAGCGCCUUGGCCUCCUUCCCGAGCGAAGAAAAAAUAACACUGAAAUGCUUGAUAAAUUGAUGCAGAGUCUUCCCAUCUUCCACAUCUAUAAUACAGCCGACCCAAUUCCGUAUGGAAAAUGCACCGGCAUCUGGUCGCUUUGUUAUAUUGCAGGAUAUGCCAUGGAGACUAAAUGCCAUCUUGGCCAGGUCUGCGAAUACGACAUUGGCUCGGGCUUGCCAUUUGACCUCCAGAAGCACAAAUUGAAAUAUUUGAUUCAAAAUAUCAUCAUGGCAGGCCAUUCGCCCCCUCCCUGUCGUGUUCAGUCCGAUUGCUUUGACUGCAAAGGUUGGAACUUUGUCUAG